UGGAAUGGGAAAUUGGAUUGGGCCCUUGGGCUAAUAAUGGCCACUCUCUGGAAUUUUCCGGUCAGCCGCCGAUCAGUGUCCGGUGGCUCCCGGAACUUCUGAUGUCUCGGAAGUAUUGCUUCUGCAAGUUUAAGAAAUUGCAUCGUCUCAAUGUUCGCGCGAAAGAAGAGCAACUGCAAUGUACGGCUGGCGAUACUUCUUCAGUCGUCUUGUUCGACCAGCGGCUCGCUGACAGUUGAGGAGUAGAUAAGGCGGAUCCGCCUGCAUUUCUCACGAAGAUGUUUGAGAUGGCGGAAGAUCCGGUCACGGUCUCCAUUGUUUCGUGGAGCAGAGCGCGCGAACGCGGUUCUGUUUCGGAAUUCUUUCACGCUGUCGACGCUCGCUUCCUCGCAACUUGGAGCAUAGUAAAUUUCUCCAGCUUCAUUAGUGAACUGAAUGAAUACUAACGUGAUGUAAAUAAAUUAUUGCAAAUUUAUCAGUUUGGUACUCUGAUAUCGUAUUUUGAGGAAAAUGUGAAUUGUUGCAUCUCCUUUGAGUCCUUUGCUUACCUGAUAUCUCAAGUGGAUUUUCUUUCGUCUCGAUGAAUAGUUAAAUUGUUGAGACUAAGGUAACGCGAAUCUACAGUCUGUGGGUGAUAAGAAAAUCAAACACGUAUAGUUUUUAAUUUUUGGAAUUGCACUUUUCUUAUUGGGACUCAGCGCUCUUAUUAGUGUGCUCAAGUUAAUGCAGGGUUUCAGAAGAGUUUAUCCGGAUCGUCGGGAAUUCGCGAACGAUGGGUUUCUGGAAAUGCAGAGACAUGUACUGGACACCAUUAGAGGAGAAGGCAAGUGUCCAUUUUCUGAAAUUGUGAAUUUCAGACUGCAGCAGCAUAAUCACUGGCAACAGAGAGGAAGAAACAAAGUAUAGAUCAUACCUUCCUUCAGAAACUGUUUCAGGGAGGCGCGUUCGGAAAAGAGAAUUUCCGGACGAUAAGAUUUCGCUCAAGAGGAGACUACCUACAGGACCAAGUAGGGAGAAUUUGCAAGAUAUAGCUGCAUCAGAGGAUUCUACUGCUGUACAAGCUCUUUAUUUGACAAAUCAAGAUCAAGAAUAAUCUAAAGUUGAACAAAAUGCUUACCUGACAUUCGUCGAAUAUAUAUGGAGAAUUCAAGUGAGGAAAUCCAAGAGCCGAAGCAUAUCAAGUUUCAUAUGGGUAGGCAGCCACUAAUCAUUAUUGCAGACCCUGAGCUUUGUAAAGAAGUUGGGAUUAAGAAAUUCAAGGACAUCCCAAAUAGAAGUGUCCCUUCUCCAAUAUCAGCUUCCCCUCUUCAUCAGAAGGGUCUUUUCUUCACAAGGGAUGCAAGAUGGUCGACAAUGCGAAACACGAUAUUAUCGGUCUAUCAGCCCUCUCAUCUAGCGAGCCUAAUACCUAAUAUGCAAUCAAUCAUUGAAACUGCAACUCAAAAUCUCCAUUCCUCUGAAGAGAAAGACAUCCCUUUCUCCAAUCUCUCCCUCAAAUUGACCACUGAUGUGAUUGGAACAGCAGCCUUUGGAGUUAACUUUGGGCUCUCGAAUCCACAAGCAACCAAAACUGCUACCAGUGGUCAAGACAACAAAAGUGAUGAGGUUUCAGACUUCAUCAACCAACAUAUUUACUCCACAACGCAGCUGAAGAUGGAUUUAUCAGGUUCCUUCUCAAUCAUACUGGGACUACUUGUCCCUAUACUCCAAGAACCAUUUAGACAAGUCCUAAAGAGAAUACCAUUCACCAUGGACUGGAAAGUUGACCGGACAAAUCAGAAGUUGAGUGGUCGGCUUAAUGAGAUUGUGGACAAGAGAAUGAAGUGUAACGAUCGAGGUUCAAAAGACUUCUUAUCACUCAUUUUGAGAGCAAGAGAGUCAGAGACAGUGUCAAGGAAUGUCUUCACUCCAGACUACAUCAGUGCAGUCACGUACGAACACCUACUUGCUGGAUCAGCUACCACGGCGUUCACGUUAUCUUCAGUUGUAUAUUUAGUUGCUGGACAUCUAGAAGUUGAGAAGAAGUUGCUUGAAGAGAUUGACAACUUUGGUCCGUCAGAUAAGAUACCAACAGCUAAUGAUCUUCAGCAGAAGUUUCCAUAUCUUGAUCAGGUGAUUAAAGAGGCUAUGAGGUUCUACACUGUUUCCCCUCUAGUAGCCAGAGAGACAUCGAAAAACGUGGAGAUCGGUGGAUAUCUCCUUCCAAAGGGGACGUGGGUUUGGUUAGCACUUGGAGUUCUUGCCAAGGAUCCAAAAAACUUUCCAGAACCAGAUAAGUUCAAACCAGAGAGGUUUGAUCCAAAUGGGGAAGAAGAGAAACAAAGGCAUCCAUAUGCUUUAAUCCCAUUUGGAAUUGGUCCUCGAGCAUGCAUCGGUCAAAAAUUUGCCCUCCAGGAGUUGAAGCUCUCGUUGAUUCAUUUAUAUAGGAAGUUCGUCUUUCGACAUUCCCCCUCCAUGGAACAACCUCUUGAACUCGAGUACGGUGUCAUUCUCAACUUCAAGAACGGUGUCAAUCUCAGAGUGUUAAACCGUAUAUAGAGGUACUACAUGAUCUAUGGCCAAAACCUAGACCAGGAGUGAAACUUUAGCCCCCAGUUUGUACUCAAGUAUGAAAGUAAUCCAUUAUCAAAACUAUGUAACAGAAGUUUAUCUAUGUAACAUUACUUCCAAAAA